AUGAGUCAGACCUUAAGUAAGAGCUCCAGCUCCAAUAAUUACAAGAGUAUUUCUGGUGGACUGAGAAGGUAUUCAGGCAAUGAACCUGGGUAUACGGUUGAAGGAGACUCCAACCUUAAGAAACAUCAGGGACCCAAAUCUUCUAACAAGGAUUCUACAAGUAAUAAAUGUAGAAAUGCCUUUGAUCAAAUGUCGGGUUUUUCUCUCGAUAAGAGAACUUGUACUGAAGAGGGGACUUGUACUGAAUAUGGUAUGGUUUUUAAUCACUCUUCAGAACUUAUUCAACCACAGACUGUUCAGAACUCAAAGAAAGAAAACAAGUGUAAGAUAUGUGGGAAACUGUUUAGUAAAUCAUGCCAUCUAAGGAGACAUAAGAAAAUUCAUACAGGAAGGAAACCUUUCCAAUGUACACAAUGUAGCAAUGUGUUUAAGCAUCGCUCACUUCUUACUAAACAUCAACGAAUUCACACUGGAGAGAAUGAUUAUAAAUGUGCAGAAUGUGGCAAAGCCUUUAUUUACAACUCACAUCUUAUUGAACACCAGCAAAUUCAUACUGGAGAGAAGCCUUAUAAAUGUAAAAAAUGUGACAAAGCCUUUAGUCGUCCCUCACGUCUUGCUGGACAUGAGCGAGUUCAUUCUGGGGAGAGACCUUAUAAAUGUAAAGAAUGUAACAAAACAUUUACUAAGUGCUCAAAUCUUAUUAGACAUCAGCUAAUUCAUUCUGGGGAGAGACCUUAUAAAUGUCAAGAAUGUAACAAAACAUUUACUAAGUGCUCAAAUCUUAUUCGACAUCAACGAAUUCAUUCUGGGGAGAGACCUUAUAAAUGUCAAGAAUGUAACAAAGCCUUUAUUCAAUACUCACAUCUUACUCGACAUCAGCGAAUUCAUACUGGAGAGAAGUCUUAUAAAUGUAAAGAAUGUAACAAAACCUUUAUUGAAUGCUCACAUCUUACCCAACAUCAGGAAAUUCAUACUGCAGAGAGACCUUAUAAAUGUAAAGAAUGUGACAAAGCCUUUCGUCGUCCCUCACUUCUUACUGGACAUGAGCGAAUUCAUUCUGGGGAGAGACCUUAUAAAUGUAAAGAAUGUAACAAAACAUUUAUUCAUUGCUCACAUCUUACUCGACAUCAGCGAAUUCAUUCUGGGGAGAGACCUUAUAAAUGUAAAGAAUGUAACAAAACAUUUAUUCAUUGUGCACAUCUUACUCGACAUCAGCAAAUUCAUUCUGGGGAGAGACCUUAUAAAUGUCAAGAAUGUAAGAAAGCCUUUAUUCAAUACUCCCAUCUUACUCGACAUAAGCGAAUUCAUACUGGAGAGAAGACUUUUAAAUGUAAAGAAUGUAACAAAGCCUUUACUACGAAUUCGUCCCUUACUCAACAUCACCGAAUUCAUACUGGGGAUAGACGUUAUAAAUGUACAGAAUGUGGCAAGGCCUUUUUUAACGUUUCUAGUCUUACUAAACAUCAGCGAACCCAUACUGGGGAGAGACCGUAUAAAUGUACAGAAUGUGGCAAAACCUUUAAUCGGAACUCAAUUCUUACUACACAUUUGCGAGUUCAUACUGGAGAGAAACCUUAUAAAUGUACAGAAUGUGGCAAAGCCUUUAGUCAUAGUGGUAAUCUCACUAAACAUCUGAGAACACACACUGGAAAGAAACCCUACAAGUGUAAGAUAUGUGGGGAAGUCUUUAGUAAGCCAUCCAAUCUAAAUAAACAUGGGAAAAUUCAUACAGGAAGGAAACAUUUCCAAUGUACAGAAUGUAGCAAAGAGUUUAAACGUCGCUCACAUCUUACUGAACAUCAGCGAAUUCACAGUGGAGAGAAACCUUAUAAAUGUACAGAAUGUGGCAAAGCGUUGACUCACAAUUCAACUCUUUCUCGUCAUUGGCGAAUUCAUACUGGAGAGAAACAUUACAAAUGUACAGAAUGUGGCAAAGCCUUUACUUACAUUUCAGGUCUUAUUCAACAUGAGCGAAUUCAUACUGGAGAGAAGCCUUAUAAAUGUAAGGUUUGUGGCAAAGCCUUUAGCCAGCGCUAUGGUUUUACUCAACAUCAGUUAAUUCAUACUGGAGAGAAACCUUUUAAAUGUAAAGAAUGUGGAAAAGCCUUUAGCCAAUCCUCAACUCUUACUAAACACCAGUGAAUUCAUUCUGGAGAGAAACCUUAUAAAUGUAAAGAAUGUGGAAAAGCAUUUAAUAAAAACACAACUCUCACUCAACACCAGCGAAUUCAUACUGGAGAGAAGCCUUAUAAAUGCAAUGAUUGUGGCAAAGCCUUUAGCCAGCGCUAUGGUUUUACUCAACAUCAGUUAAUUCAUACUGGAGAGAAACUUUAUAAAUGUAAAGAAUGUGGAAAAGCCUUAAGUCAGUCCUCAACUCUUACUAAACACCAGCGAAUUCAUACUGGAGAGAAACCUUAUAAAUGUAAGGAUUGUGACAAAGCCUUUAGGGACAGCCGUCAUCUCACUAGGCAUCUCAGUGCACAUACUGGAGAGAAACCCUACAAGUGUAAGAUAUGUGGGAAACUGUUUAGUAAAUCAUGCCACCUAAGGAGACAUAAGAAAGUUCAUACAGGAAGGAAACCUUUCCAAUGUACAGAAUGUGGCAAAGCAUUUACACGUCACUCAGUUCUUACUCAACAUCAGCGAAUUCACACUGGAGAGAAACCUUAUAAAUGUGCAGAAUGUGGCAAAGCCUUUACUUACAACUCACAUCUUAUUGAACACUGGCGAAUUCAUACUGGAGAGAAACCUUAUAAAUGUACAGAAUGUGGCAAAGUGUUUACACGUCACUCAGUUCUUACUCAACAUCAGCGAAUUCACACUGGAGAGAAACCUUAUAAAUGUGCAGAAUGUGGCAAAGCCUUUACUUACAACUCACAUCUUACUGAACACUGGCGAAUUCAUACUGGAGAGAAACCUUAUAAAUGUACAGAAUGUGGCAAAGCCUUUAUCUGUUAUUCACAGCGAACCUAUCAUCAGCAGCAAAUUCAUACUGGAGAGAAGCCUUAUAAAUGUAAAGAAUGUAACAAAGCCUUUUGUCGUCCCUCACAUCUUACUCUACAUGAGCGAAUUCAUUCUGGGGAGAGACCUUAUAAAUGUAAAGAAUGUAGCAAAGCAUUUAUUCAGUGUUCAGAUCUUACCCGACAUCAGCGAGUUCAUUCUGGGGAUAGACCUUAUAAAUGUAAAGAAUGUAGCAAAGCCUUUAUUCAGUGCUGGCAACUUACUCAACAUCAGCGAAUUCAUUCUGGGGAGAGACCUUAUAAAUGUCAAGAAUGUAACAAAGCCUUUAUUCAGUACUCGCAUCUUACUCGACAUCAGCAAAUUCAUACUGGAGAGAAGUCUUAUAAAUGUUAAGAAUGUAACAAAACCUUUAUUGAAUGCUCACAUCUUACCUGACAUCAGGAAAUUCAUACUGCAGAGAGACCUUAUAAAUGUAAAGAAUGUAACAAAGCCUUUAUCCGUUGCUUACAUCUUACCUAACAUCAGCAAAUUCAUACUGGAGAGAGACCUUAUAAAUGUAAAGAAUGUGACAAAGCCUUUACUACGAAUUCGGCCCUUACUCAACAUCUCCGAAUUCAUACCGGGGAUAGAUGUUAUAAAUGUACAGAAUGUGGCAAGGCCUUCUUUAAGGGUUCUAAUCUUACUAAACAUCAGGGAAUCCAUACUAGGGAGAGACCAUAUAAAUGUACAGAAUGUGGCAAAACCUUUAAUCGGAACUCAAUUCUUACUACAUAUUUGCGAGUUCAUACUGGAGAGAAACCUUAUAAAUGUACAGAAUUUGGCAAACCCUUUAGUCAUGGUAGUAAUCUCACUAAACAUCUGAGAACACACACUGGAAGGAAACCCUAUCGGUGCUUGGUAUGUGGGAAAGUCUUUAGUAAGCCAUCCAAUCUAAAUAAACAUGGGAAAAUUCAUACAGGAAGGAAACCUUUCCAAUGUACAGAAUGUAGCAAAGCGUUUAAACGUCGCUCACAUCUUACUCAACAUCAGCGAAUUCUCACUAGAGAGAAACCUUAUAAAAGUAUAGAAUGUGGCAAAGUGUUUACUCACAAUUCAAGUCUUUUUCAUCAUCAGGAAAUUCAUACAGGAGAGAAACAUUACAAAUGUACAGAAUGUGGCAAAGCCUUUACUUACAAUUCAGGUCUUAUUCAACAUCAGCAGGUUCAUACUGGAGAGAGACCUUGCGAAUGUAAAGAAUGUGGAAAAGCCUUUACUACAAGUUGGAACCUUUCUCAACAUCACCGAAUUCAUACUGGGGAUAGACAUUAUAAAUGUACAGAAUGUGGCAAGGCCUUUAUUAAGGGUUCUGGUCUUACUAAACAUCAAGGAAUCCAUACUGGGCAGAGACCAUUUUCAUGUACUGAAUGUGGCAAGACUGCUUACAACUCAGCACUUACUCAACGUCAGCGAAUUCAUACUGGAGAGAGACCUUAUAAAUGUACAGAAUGUGGCAAAGCCUUUAGUCGUAGUAGUUAUCUCAGUAAACAUCUGAGAAGACACACUGGAGAGAAACCGUAG